AUGUACCUAAAAGUGGACGCCGCGUUUGGCCGUGCUUUUGCCUGGUAUGGCGAGAAAGUGGGACGAUAUCCUUGGGUGUUCAUCUUGGGUUGUAUUCUUGUCAAUGGCCUCCUGGGGAUAGGCUUGCUCCGGCUGACGGUUUCCAAUGACAUGCAGAGGCUCUACACACCAGAAAACAGUCGUUCUACCCAGGACAAAAAAGUAAUAGAGGAACUAUUUGUCGACCGCAGUGGUGACGCUUACUUCGGUUACCAGAAAACGAACGAUGGGAGAUUUGCGGAUUUGUACGUCAAGUCAAAGGACGGUGCCAAUGUGUUGUCGGAUGCAGUUUAUUAUGAUCUGAUAGAGCUCAAUUCUCAUAUCACUAACAUGACGGUGACGGACCCUGCAACUGACAAGAUCUACACGUACGAGGAUGUGUGUGCGAGGCGGUUUGGGGAAUGUGUCGUUGAUGGUUGGCCCUUCCUCUCUCCCGUCUUCCGUGCUGCUUACAAUGCUGGUAAUGUUACAUAUCCCUUCUUCCUGUCUCCGGCACUGGGGCCAAUUAAUCUAAAGCGACUGCUUGCUGGAGUGAGAAACAGUUCUAAGUAUGGUAUCGAAGCGGAAUACUUGAAACUAAAGUAUCCAUUCCGUCAUGACACUGUGAAGUUAGCCAAUAUGUCGAGCCAGUUUGAACUCGCCUAUCUGGAGUUGAUGAGUAAUAUUAGCACAAACUUCGACAACGUGGAACUGGCUUACGCCAUGUCGGUGUCUCUUGACAAGGAGCUAGACGCCAACACGGACGGGGACGUGAGAAUGUUCUCCUUUACCUUUGCUCUUAUGAUAACGUAUGCGUCUUUCGUGUCCUCUGGCGGUAACUGUGUGUCCUCAAGGGCUCACUUAGCCAGGGCCGGGGUUCUAGCUGUACUAAUGGCCAUCCUUGGAGCCUUCGGGCUUGUCAGCGCAUGCGGAGUGCCAUUCACCAACAUUGUUGGCAUCAUGCCCUUUCUCAUCCUUGGUAUUGGUAUUGAUGACACAUUUGUGAUGAUGGCGGGUUGGCUAAACAGCGAGUAUGACGAGGACAUUCCCCGGAGGUUGGGGGCUACCCUUAGAACCAGCGGCAUGGCCAUCACUCUCACCUCUCUCACUGACUUCGUGGCCAUGGUUGUCGGCAUCAUUAGUGUCUUCCCCAGCAUCAGGAUGUUCUGUGUGUACACAGGCGUAGCCGUCCUGUUGUGCUACCUCAACCACGUGACCUUUUUCGCCGGAUGUAUUGCUCUUCACGGGAAGCGAGAGAAGGCGAAUCGGCAUUGUCUUACCUGUUUGACCGUGCCACAGUUCGACAAGAUGAGAGAAAGUGGAGCGUCGGGUUGCAAAGUGUGCUUGUGUGCUGGCGCUCCGGCCAAAACAAGGGAGGCUAGCGAGUCAAUAUGUGAAAGGGGACCGCGUUCUGUGCUGCCCAAAUUCAUCCUUCUGAGGCCCGUUAAAGCUUUCAUUGUCUUGGUAUUUAUGGGUUACCUCGGGGUGUCUAUCUGGGGCGUGUACAACCUCCAACAGAAACUACUGCUAGAAAACUUGGUGAGCCCCACCUCCCACUACCUUAACUACAGUCAGUGGAUGAACCAGCAUUAUGAGUCCAGGUUUUUGGUGGGUUUGUACGUGACAGACGAAGUGGAUUACCGACAGAAGAGUACACAAGAGGAGUUAUCUAGGGUGGUUCACGCCAUCAGGAAGGACGACAGCUUCAACGACAUCUUCUACUUGUCAUGGUUGGAGGAAUACAAGAGAUCACCGUUUUACGAUGACUCCUCUGAAAAAGCCUUCAUCUCGAGUUUGAGAGACAACUUUCUUCUCUAUGUUCCUAGAUUCAUAAAUGACAUCGUAUUCAACCCAGAUAAAUCAAAAAUUAUCGCUUCACGCACCUACGUCCAGACGGAAAAUGUGAAGCACAACUUAGAACAAGGGAGAAGCAUGUUGUGGGCCAGGGAGAAGGCAGACUCAGCCAGCUUCAAUAUCAUCGCCUACGUGCCAUGGUAUAUAUAUUUCGAGCAAUACGUGGCGGUGCUGCCCAACACACUUUUAACUGUAGGUGUCGCCGUCGCCUCCAUGUUUGUGAUUUCCGUUAUCUUCAUGCCCCAUCCCCUAGUGGUGAUCUACAUAACUCUGGCCAUUUCCUCCAUUUUGGCGGGUGUGAUAGGCUUCAUGCACUGGUGGGGCUUAACCCUCAGUUCCAUUACGAUGAUCCAUCUGGUGAUGUCCGUGGGCUUCUCCGUGGAUUACUGCGCUCACAUUUGUCAUGCGUACAUGCAAGCGGAAGCGGCAGGACGACACGCGCGCGUGGCCACCGCACUGGGCCGGAUGGGAGGCCCCAUCCUGAACGGUGCCGUGUCCUCGGUGCUGGGCAUCCUUAUGUUGGCUGGAUCUCAAUCCUACAUCUUCAGCUCCUUUUUCAGGAUAAUGAUUUUGGUUCACUGUUUCGGUUUCCUUCACGCGCUUUUCUUCCUGCCGGUCCUGCUCUCCUGCAUUGGGCCUAUGCCGACUGGUCGAGGUGUCAAUAUAGACAAGAUUCGUGUGGUGCCACCUCUGCCUGAGAAGAACAAGAAUAAAGGCUUUAAUCGUCCUCCUCCUGAUGAUGGCAUGCCACAACUCACGGCCAGUAAAGGUUUGGACGACAAUUUUACGCGUAUGAAAGCUGACACCCCUGCUAGUAGUGAUGCCCCAGUUAAUGGAGGAUUGUCAGUUAAUGGAAGAACUGCAGUCAAUGGUGGAACCUCAUCUGAGCCCAGUGGGUCUCAUUAG